AUGUCAGCGACCAGCUCAAGCGGCAGGGUGCGUCCGUACCCAACACGAAGGCCCGGCAAAGCAACAGCCGCACUCAUCACCAAGGUCCUCACCCGCAUUUCGGUGCUCGGGUCGGCGUUUCUCGGCACGAUGGCAGCAGCGCCGGCUCUUGUGGAAGGAAUCACUCACCUCACGGCCUUCCGGGGGUUUGCUGGAACGUCCAUCCUCAUUUUAGUCGGAUGCGCUACCGAUACAGCCAGGAAGGUGCAGGCGGAGCUGGUUUCGCAGAAGUAUAGGACGAUUGAGCUGGAUGAUAUCAGUGCGGGUGGUGGAGGGGAUUCCGCCUCCUAG